AUGAGGAUUAAAGAAUGGUUCUUUGCUUCAAAGGAAGUCCCAAGUGAUAAAGGAGAAGAUGGGAGAUGGCCCUGUGUCUCACCAGAAGAUUCACAAAUGAAGCCUGAAGAUUCCGGAAGAAGUAUCCCCAAUUCAAAACUUGUAUCAGUAAGGUGGUAUCUCAGCAUCACACCAGGCCUGAGCAAAAAGUCACCCAAAGGAAAAGAAAUAACAGCUGAAACCUUCAUGGAGAAAUUGGAUAAUGGUGCUUUGCUCUGUCAGCUAGCAGAGACUUUACAGGAGAAAUUUAAAGAAAACUGCAUUGAAAUCAAGUUUGGGAAGAAAAUGCCAGUGAGAAAAAUUCCCUGCAAAGCCAAUGCUCCAUCUGGGUCUUUUUUUGCACGGGACAAUACAGCAAAUUUCCUAUCUUGGUGCAGAGAUGUGGGAGUGGAUGAUACUUGUCUCUUUGAAUCUGAAGGGUUGGUCCUCCACAAGCAGCCCAGAGAAGUGUGCCUUUGUUUGCUUGAGCUUGGAAGGAUUGCAGCCAGGUUUGGUGUAGAGCCUUCUGGAUUGAUAAAGCUGGAGAAAGAGAUUGAACAAGAAGAGACACUUUCAACUCCUCUUCCUUCUCCUUCCCCUUCCCCGACAAAGUCACCUGGCAAAAAGAGCACAGGAAAACUUCUGGAUGAUGCAGUCAAACAUAUUUCUGAAGACCCUCCUUGUAAAUGCCCUAGUAAAUUUUGUGUGGAGCGCCUUUCUCAGGGAAGGUAUAGAGUUGGAGAGAAGAUCCUUUUCAUCAGGAUGCUGCACAACAAACACGUAAUGGUUCGUGUAGGAGGAGGAUGGGAGACAUUUGCAGGAUACUUGCUGAAGCAUGACCCCUGCCGAAUGCUGCAAAUAUCUCGGGUGGAUGGCAAAACUUCCCCCAUCCAGAACAAGUCUCCAACCAUCAAGGACCUGACUCCAGACAGCUACCUGGUGGUUUCUGCUCAUUACAAAACCAAAAAAGAGAUUAAGUGAAAUUGCCUUCUCAUUUCUUUGGGGGACUUGGUAUAUGUAGACCCACGCUAUUCUUCCUGUGUAGUCAAAUUAGUUGAUGCUUUGAAAGGACUUCUGGACUUAACAUGCAGACUGGAAAUGGCAACCCAUUUCAUGGAUUGUUGAACUGUAGAACUAUUUAUUUCUAGUACUGUACCUUUUCAUAGCAAGUUACUCUUGGUAGGUUAAUUACGAAAACCAGAUAUGUUUUUUAAAGACAGACAUAUUUUUAGCCUAAUUAUUACUCCAUGAAUGUACUCGUAGGAUGAUUAAAAGAAUAUGGAUCAUGUUAGAAAAGUGAAAUGGGACAAAUUUGAUUGAAAAAAGCAGUAGGUAUGAUUCCCAAUAAUUUGCCACAGCAAAGAAUACUAUUCAGUACUAUAAACUGGGAAUAUUCAGUUUAGUAAAGAAAGAAAGCAUGGGUGGGGAAGAAUAAUGUAAUGGGAAAACCAUCUGUCUUUGGCUCUGGAGAGCGAAUAUAGAUUGAGAUUGUCUUGGUAACAUUUCGGCGAGGUCUCACUCGCCAUCUUCAGGCUGGUGUUUGUCUAUAUAGCUUCCCAGAAAUUCAGGAUUCAUAUACAUACAUACAUACAUACAUACAUAC